AUGACACCUGACGACCUGGUGGAAGAGGAAAAUUGUGUUUGUGUUCCUAACGAUGUUUCAAUGGCAGUUCUUCCAUCUUCAGUGACACUCGACGUCCUGUUGGUGGAGCAGAACUCUUUUGCUUUGGAGCGAUCAGUGGGAGAUCCUGUGCACCCGGUGGUGGGUUCUUUAAAACGUUGUGAUGCUGUGUUACAGAGCUGUCUAGAGCUAAAUGCCAAAGUGACGAUCGGCUCUAAGGUCUUUGUGACGAGUCCUAUUCAGAGGGCUGGCUUUGAUGCUAAGUCACGACGCUUGUGGCAUCCUGGGGAAGGGAAGCUGCUGGAGAGGGGAGGCCAGUGUGUUGUGGUUGUGCUGUUCCUUCUCACUCUGGCAGGGCUUCGUGGUAUUUGCCGGUGCCAAGCUCGGAUGAGGCAGCUGGAGACUACGGGGACUGGUCUGGAAGCUGGUGCCAGGUCCGUUCUGGUGGAAGCGUGGGUGCUUCAGCCCACCGUGCAAGCGACACUGGGACGGCACGGUGGAGACCCCAAGUCCCAGGGCCAACUGUAUUUUGGAGCCGUUAUGUGGGACCAGCCGUUCUGUGGGACCAGCCGUUCUGUGGGACCAGCCGUUCUGUGGGACCAGCCGUUCUGUGGGACCAGCCGUUAUGUGGGACCAGCCGUUAUGUGGGACCAGCCGUUCUGUGGGACCAGCCGUUAUGUUGGACCAGCCGUUAUGUUGGACCAGCCGUUCUGUGGGACCAGCCGUUAUGUUGGACCAGCCGUUAUGUUGGACCAGCCGUUCUGUGGGACCAGCCGUUCUGUGGGACCAGCCGUUAUGUGGGACUAG